AUGGUUGGAUCUCAUGGUUUUCAGUUAUCUGGUGGAGAACGGCAACGUAUAGCUAUAGCACGAGCAUUAGUUCGACGUGCUAAUCUACUUUUAUUAGAUGAACCGACAUCAGCACUUGAUACGAUAAAUGAACAAGUUUGUAGGAAUAAAUUCGUAAAAUCAUUAAGUGUUUUUUUGUUGUUAUU